AGCUGCUUUGAUAUUUUACAGGAGAGGAAACCAAAAAUAAGGAACGCAUUUUCGGUAUUAAUGUUGGAGUUUCGAUAGAAAUUGAAGGUAUCUGAGAUGUGAGACUGUUUCCCCUCUCUCAAUUUCAGAUUUACAGACUUCUCCAUCUCUCUCUACCUCUUCCCGAGGCGAUUUUUGAUCAAAAAGGUAAGAAUUUUGAUUCAAGUUUAUAGUUUGCCCUAGUUGCUUCAGAGUUUCAUUUUUCAAGACCCCGUUUUCACUCUAGACUAGAUUAGGGUAUAUCACACUGUCUGCUUUUCAUGGAUAUAAACUUUAUGAAGAGAAGUGAAAGAAGACGCCCUCCAUUAACACUGACAGCACCGUGGCUUGUAAUCCCUUAUGGUAAAGGUGGUCAAAAUCAUGCUUUUUAUAAUAUCUGUGAACCUCAUAAGAAAAGCACUAGAAAAUCCAUACCUGAGUUGAUUGCAAAAAUAUUUUGGCAGAAACCUUGUCAUCAAGGUUGGUUAAUUGUUCUAUGUGACAAUAGUGUAUAUGAUUACUCCCCUGAUUAUGAAUUUGGCGAUUGUUCCUGCAACUUUGGAGACCAUUCAGUUACCUUCUUUGCAGCACUGGUUGGAAUCCUCAUCUGUCUCUAUUCAUGAUUGUGUUUUGUCAUCUCCUCCUGAAGAUGGUGAUUCAAUGGUUUUAUUCCUGUUCUCAUCUAAGCAUAAAAGCGGUGAUCAUGUCUUUUUACAUUGUCUUCCGGGGGAUAAGCAAUGGAGGAUAAAAAAGUUGGCUCUAGACAGUAUACGUGCUUUGAAGGUAAGUUGUAUGUAACGUGCUUUGAAGAUCAGCACUUUGAGAUCGAUAAACAGAAACUUGGGAAUAAGGAUGAUGGCAUUACACAACUUCCUAUCAAGACGCUUCAAGUACCUAUGGUUAUUCCUUAUCAGUUAGUAGGAGGAUGGGAGACUUGUUCUCUGAGAUAUUAUUUUGUGGAGACGUCCGAAGACCUCUUUUAUGUUACUAUACGUUACAAUCAAAGGGCACAGAAUAAGGUAGUCAUACAAAUAGCUGUGAUGAAGUUGGAUUUUUCUGCAAUGCAGUGGGAGGUGGUGAAUUGUUUAGGCGAUCAUGUUCUAUUUAUUGGUAGCAACACCACAGCUUGUUGUUCUGCAGCCGAGGUGGGCCUUGAAAGGGGUUGUUUAUAUUAUACACUUGCUGAGGAUCAGAGUCUAUACAAAUUUGAAGUCGAGAGUACUGGUAAUUCAGUUAUCUUGCCGUGUUUAAAGCUGCCAACACCAUGGUUCUAUCCAAAUUGGAUUAUGGUGCCUAAUGGACGAAAAAGAGAGAAAGAAAUGGUGGGUGGAGAUGGAUCAAAGAAGAGCAUAAUGAAGGGAGUGAAUGGGAAACAAGGAGGAGAAGACUAUGGAGGAGAUUUUGAGAAAGCAUGUCCGUGGGAUAUCCUUCUCGUGGAAAUGGUGCAGUCUAUAGCAAGUUAUCUUCAUCGAUUGGAUUGCAUCCAUUUCCGUGCAGUCUGUAAAGCCAAUCGAGCAAUAAUGCCCAUGGAAAAGGUUAGAUCGACUUCUACUUCUAGAGGCACACAUAUAUCUCCAUGGCUGAUGUUUUCCAGAGAUCAUAGUCGCACCACCUUCAACUUUAUAAACCCGAUGCAUGAAAAUGAGAACUACCUCAUGAACCACUCUGAUCUAGUAGGUGCUACAGUUUGUUUUCAAAAGGGAGGUUGGCUAUUGAUGUCUGUUCAAAGUCAGGAGACUUUAUUAUUCUUUCACAAGAGAGGCCAUCAAACUUCCAGGAUUGCCAUUUGAUUAUAGCUUUUCAGGUAUCUCAUUCUCAUCCUUACCAACUUCAUUGGACUGUGUAGUUUUCAGCAUCGAAGCAAAGGGAGGCGACGAAGUCUCUGUAUGCUUCAUAAGAAAGGGAGAAGCAUUUUGGAAUGAUUAUUCUUUCACAAGAGAGGCCAUCAAACUUCCAGGAUUGCCAUUUGAUUAUAGCUUUUCAGGUAUCUCAUUCUCAUCCUUACCAACUUCAUUGGACUGUGUAGUUUUCAGCAUCGAAGCAAAGGGAGGCGACGAAGUCUCUGUCUGCUUCAUAAGAAAGGGAGAAGCAUUUUGGAAUGAGUAUGUCUUUCCUAAUCCCGACCGUGAUAAGUACUUCCCACUACAUAACACUCCAGUUUUCUGCAAAGGGGUUUUCUACUGCCUAGAUUAUAACGGAACUUUAGGAGUAUUUAACAUAGAGGAUAAUAUUAUUGGUCUUGUUUAUCUCAUGUUUCCACAUGUUAAUCUGUCUAUUUCUAAAGUUCUUUAAAAUCUUAGGGUGCAUUAGUGAAGCUGUAUGCUGUUCUGCUUCUCUGAUAAUACAAUAAUUAUAGCGGGAUUUAUUCUCUCUCAGUUUUACCUCUAUUUGUUGGUUCUCAAGAUGCUUCAGUGCUUUCGCCACUUCGUCCAGCUGUUCAAAGAGCCCUUAAGGAUUCAAGCGUGUUGAGCAAUGUAUUUAUUAAAGUAGAGUUAUGUCCCAAGGUUUAAGGAACUGCAAGGAUAUCUUUGAUCGAAUAAAGAAGCAAACAGAACCCUCAUUCUUUCAAUAUUUGCUGGUCAAGGGAAGAUUAAUGAGUACCAUGUGGUGAAUAAAGAAGCUAAAGGUCGCCAUGAUUCUGGCACUUAUAGUCAGGUUAAAUGAGGUUUUUGAUGAAAGUAUUGGUGCUAAACCUGGCACUGAGAUAGGAUCAUAUAUGAAAAAGGAAAAUCCAGCACAAAUACUAAGGCAUCUGCAUCUGAAAGUGUUCCUGAUAACCUGGAAAAGCUUCCCUCUAAAGCUAAUGAAAAGAACCAGAAGAAAGACAAGGAAGCUAACCUGGAAACUCAGUAGCCUUAUGAAAAAUAAACUAUUACAUUGUUUCUCUCUUACCAAGUUACAAGGUAUGAGUUCCAUAUUUUAGAAAUGAAAAAGAAUCUCGCGUGCCUAGCUAAUAAAUCAGCUGGCUUAUUAAGUAACCUGCUAAUAGAACUACAGUUCCAAUUUGGUAAACGUCCUAAGAUAGCUUUAGCAUCUUGAAUGAUACUAUGAUUUUGCCAGGAAAGAUAGGAUAUAUCACGAUCGACUUCCUUCACCACUGAUUUUGUGUCAAGAUGAAAACAGAUGAGAUAGAGGUCUUGCCCACUUCACUGCCUCUAGUAAGCCGUCACAUUCAGCAUGCUCUGCAUUCAGACAUCCAGGUGCAAUACUUGCAUCUUAUUAACCUGCAAAGUCCCUCGAAAUUAGUCCCUAGGCAUACUGGUGGAUUCUCUGGGAUUUUCUGUAGGAAAUGCUGAUAUUUUAGCUGGUGAUCUUGUUUCAGCUGUGCAACAUUGUUGGAGACACCAAUUUCUCCCGAGAGGUAUGAUUCAAACUUUUUAAGGUUGAUUCGAAAUUUUGAAGGGGAUAGAAAAGCCUCAGUUCAGACCUAUUGGUCUGAGCAAUUUUUGCUUCAAAAAGAUAACAAAGUUCAUAACUAGUAGAAGGAACCUCUAAUGGAUAAGUUAGUAUCAAAGGCAACAAGGGGCUUUUAUUAAGGGUAGGAACAUCCAUGAACAGAUUGUUCUAGCUCAUAAAUUGGUUAAUCAGAUUUUAGUGAAAAGAAGGGGUGGAAAUGUGGGUGUGUAGUUGGAUAUGUCUUAGGCAUAUGAUUCCUUGAGCUGGGAAUUUCUGAUUAUGGUAAUGCAGAGAUUGGUGUUCCAAAGCAAUGGUGUGACUGGCUUGAAGUUAAGUGUGCAAGGAGUUCUGUUUUGGUGAAUGGUGGGCCUGAAGGCUUUUCUAGUGCGAGUAAGGUUUGAGACGAGGCGAUCCCUUGUCCUUUUUGCCAUAGCUGAGGAAGUGUAUAGCUUUCAAUGACUUGGUUGCUUCAAGGAAGAUUACCAAUGGUUAGUAGAGAAGGUAUUCAGCCACCUAAUUUGUUUUUCUCCAGAUCAUAUCUUUAUCUUCUAUAGUGGUGAGAAGAAGAGUUUAGAAAAUCUUUUGAAGGUCUUGAGUACUUACCAAGUCCCCUCUGGCCAAAUUGUAAGUAGGGAUAAAAGCAAGCUUUUUGAUGGAGGUACUUAUUUCCGAGAGGAUGCAGUGCAGACAAGUACUUGGAGGCAAUUCUUAUGCCUGGUAAGAUGAAUACCUGGUGUCUAGUGGACAUCACAGAGACUAAGCUGGCUGGUUGAAAAUGCUGACUCUAUUCUGUCAACCUAUACUCUGUUCUCAUUGAGUCUGUGCUUCCCAUUUACAGAAUGUCUAUUUACAAGUGGGCAAAAUCUGUGGUUGUUGACUGUGAGAGAAUCACAAUUUUUUUUAUGGGCGGGGUGAUCCUGAGGCUAAGAAAUUGGUGACUGUUGCAUGGGAUAAGGUGUGCUUCCCUUAAUGAUGAAGGUGGGCUGGUAGAGCAGGCUAGAAGUGGCGAAUAAAACUUUAUUAAUGAAACUCUUGUCGACCAUUUCAAAACUCUGAGCAUGAUUGGGCGAAAUUCAUAAUGGUUGGGACUGUGGAUUCUUAGAGAAUCACUCCCAAAG